AGAGUCUAUAAUUCACGAUGAUAAGGAUGUAACUUUAAAUCAAGAAUUAUCACCAGCUGAUGGUAAAGCACCAGCCGACGGCAAAGCACCAGAUGAUGAUAAAGCACCAGCUGACGGCAAAGCACCAGAUGAUGGUAAAGCACCAGAUAGUGGUAAAGCAUCAGUCGAUGGCAAAGCAUCAGAUGAUGGUAAAGCACCAGCCGAUGGCAAAGUACCAAAUGAUGGUAAAGCACCAGCUGACGGCAAAGCACCAGAUGAUGGUAAAGCACCAGCCGACGGCAAAGCACCAGCUGAUGGUAAAGCACCAGCUGACGGUAAAGCACCAGCUGAUGGUAAAGCACCAGCUGAUGGUAAAGCACCAGCUGAUGGUAAAGCACCGGCCGACGGUAAAGCACCAGCCGACGGUAAAGCACCAGAUGAUGGUAAAGCACCAGCUGAUGGUAAAGCACUAGCCGACGGCAAAGCACCAGCACUAACUUAUGGUAAAGCACCAGCCGAUGGUAAAGCACCAGGUAAAGGACCUGACGCUAUAGCAUUAGAAAACAAUAAUACAAGUGUAAUCACCAGUUUAGUGAUAGGAGGAAUAUUUGGA